GACUGGCCAUUAUGGAGGAGGAGCUGCAGCAUUCACACUGUGUGAAUUGUGUCAGUAGACGGUGCAUGACUCGACCAGAGCCUGGGAUUUCCUGUGACUUGAUUGGUUGCCCCCUGGUUUGUGGAGCAGUGUUCCAUUCUUGUAAGGCUGAGGAACAUCGGUUUUUAUGUCCAUUGGAACGAGUGCCUUGUUUAAAUAGUGACUUUGGAUGUCCAUUUACAAUGGCCCGAAAUAAAGUUGCUGAACAUCUGGAAACAUGCCCUGCAAGUGUGGUGUGCUGUACUAUGGAGUGGAACCGAUGGCCAGUUAGUUACGCAGACCGGAAAUCCUAUGAAAAUCUUAGCCGAGACGUUGAUGAAGUAGCACAGUUAGAUAUGGCUUUGGCCCUGCAAGACCAAAGGAUGCUUUUAGAAUCUCUCAAGGUAGCCACCAUGAUGUCAAAAGCAACCGAUAAAGUACCUGAAGCUAAAGAACAAAUUUCUGUUAAAUCAAGCAUCCCAGAAAUUGCACAUACUAAUGGUUUAGUGUCUGUUGAUGAAGAAUCUUAUGGUGCACUUUAUCAAGCUACUGUGGAAACAACCAGAAGUUUGGCUGCUGCGUUAGAUAUCCUGAAUACUGCCACAAGAGACAUCAGCAUGUUAAGUUCAGGUCUUCAGGCAUCCCAGAAUGAAACGGAUGAAGAGCAGAAAACCAGAGAAAGCUUACAGGAUAGCAACUCAAAAGACCAGGAUCAUCUUUAUGAGGACGAGAUUGGUGCAAUUGGUGGAAUUGACCACAUUGAAGCGAGUCAGAAUGCCCAACCUGAACAAAAUGGUUCAAGUGACUUAUUGUGUGACUUAGAUACAACUUCUCAAAGCACUCCGGCUCUUUGUAAUGGCUUUUCUUUGGAAAAUAUAAAUACACAGGUACAGCAUCAGAGUUUACAUGAUGAUUCAAAACAAAAUAACUUAACAAAUGGAGAAUGUGUGGCUUCAGAUGACACUUCAAAACCUUCCAGUUCAGUCUCAGCGGCAGCACAGCUUAGGGAAGUCAUACCACCCAAUCCUUUGCCUAACGGUACAGUUCAGCAUAUCCUUGUGCCAGAUGGUGAAGCUGGGGAAGACAUACAUUGGAGAAGGGUAGACUUAGUGGACUUGAGGAAUGUGGAUGUCUUGGCUUUCAGUCAUCCUACUUCAUUCAAAUUUCUUUCUAAUUCCUGUUGGUCCAAACCAAAAGAAGAUAAAGCAGUAGAUACAUCAGAUUUGGAAGUUGCAGAAGAUCCCAUGGGCCUCCAGGGAAUAGAUCUGAUCACGGCAGCAUUGCUGUUUUGCUUAGGUGAUUCUCCAGGUGGGAGGGGUAUAUCUGAUAGUCGCAUGGUUGAUGGCUAUCGUAUUGACUUUGGGACUCAGACUUUUUCACUUCCCUCAGCAAUAUUGGCUACAAAUACAAUGGUUGGGGAAAUAGCUUCAGCUUCAGCCUGUGAUCAUGCCAACCCUCAGCUUUCAAAUCCAAGUCCUUUUCAGACCCUUGGACUGGAUUUAGUUCUGGAAUGUGUCGCCAGGUACCAGCCGAAGCAACGUUCAAUGUUUACAUUUGUUUGCGGACAGCUAUUUAGGAGAAAAGAAUUUUCUUCACAUUUUAAGAACGUGCAUGGUGACAUUCACGCUGGACUCAAUGGCUGGAUGGAACAAAGGUGUCCUCUAGCUUAUUAUGGUUGUACGUAUUCUCAGCGUAGAUUUUGUCCAUCAACACAAGGAGCAAAGAUCAUACAUGACCGUCACUUGAGGUCAUUUGGAGUUCAGCCAUGCAUAUCCACAGUAUUAGUGGAGCCUGCCAGGAACUGUGUGCUGGGAAUACGGAGUGAUCAUUUAAGCAGUCUUCCUUUUGAGGUGCUCCAGCAUAUUGCAGGCUUUCUCGAUGGCUUCAGUUUAUGCCAGCUCUCCUGUGUGUCCAGGUUAAUGAGGGAUGUGUGUGGCAGUCUGCUUCAGUCUCGUGGAAUGGUCAUACUGCAGUGGGGGAAGAGGAAGGAUCCAGACGGAAAUGCUUCAUGGCAGAUAAAAGAAAAGGUAUGGCGAUUCAGUACUGCGUUUUGUUCUGUAAAUGAAUGGAAAUUUGCCGACGUCCUAAGCAUGGCUGACCACUUGAAGAAAUGCAGUUACAAUAUUGUAGAGAAGCGUGAGGAAGCGGUCCCUUUGCCAUGUAUGUGUGUGACGCGUGAGCUCACUAAGGAAGGACGUUCACUACGCUCAGUUUUGAAACCUGUAGUUUGAAAACUCCACCUGCACAGAGAUGCAAACAUCUAGUAUAAUUUCUUUGUAAUAUGUGACACUUUAUUAAUGUAUUAAAGAUUAUAACUAGCUAAAUUUAUUGUCACUGUGUAUAUAAGGUUUUGAAGUGACAUAUAUUUUUGUAAAAUAAGUACUGUUUAGUUGGAUUAAAAAGUUGCCUUAAUGUUUGAAAUGUGUGAAAUUUUUGGAACUUGCUGGACAGGGUGAUUUCAUUUUUAGCCGUAUACGUUUUGGGAUUAAUAUUUUCAAUGGUGUGCAUAUUUUGGUUCUUAAAACUCUUGGUUUCUAAAACUGACAAGAUCCUGACCAAAUAAUUUAUUUCUCAUGUAUUCUGUGGGUUACACCCAUGCAUUCAAAACAUGGAACUCGGAUUGACAUUUUUGCAGCACAGAUUUUUAAUUAAUAUUCAGAUGUUUAAAACACUACCAUAAUAAGAUCACAAAAAUAAUUUUUAUUUGUAGUCCUUCCCUUAAGAA